AUGCUCUCACGUGUUGCUGCAGUGAAGGCACUCCGCACACACAACCGUCGCCGCGUGACCGGAUCUAGCGGAAGGAGGAGGGAGGGAAGAGAGAGUGAGCCGCAGAGGCCCAACAUGUCGCGGCAUGUGUUUAUUUCCACGGUGCUGCUCCUCCUCCUCGUGUUGUGCUGCAGUGGAGCUACGACCGCUCAGGUGGAAAAGGCCACUGAUGCCUCAACUCCUUCUGGGUCGGCAUUGACGGGUGCCAUUGCUGGAGAGGGGAGCACUUCAGGGCGUGUUGAGGGGAUGCAACGGGUCGAACUAUUUGUGCCGCAGACGACGCAGGUGCUGCCGAAAGAUGGAACGUCUCAAGGGACGAAGAGGGAUGCAUUUGCUUCACCCUCUCUCGUCAGUGCUGGUGGAUUAAUUGCUGCUUUGCCG